UUAAUGCAAUGUUUUUAUUAACAGAACUGUUGAUUUGAAUUUGAAUUGUUUGACCGGUUUGUAUCAUGUUACAAGGCAUACACGAACACGGUAGAUCAAACAACCACACUCCUGGAUAUAUAUUCAAAGUGCUGGUUACAAAACGGACGUUUCUCUCAUCGGUCCACUUCAACUCUGAGUUGCAUAACCGUAAUGUUUCCGGGGCCGGGGGUUGAGUUUAGGCCAACGCUGCUUGAAACCGUCCUCGCUCAAAAUGACCCAGGUGUUCAACCACUAGUCCUGAUAUUUUAACUUUUAUUACAACUGAGAUUAACUGCAGCUGUGUCCCCAGCUGUUAAUGUAAUCAGACUUGCUGCUGGUGAUAAAGUGUUGGAUCCAAAACACAAAGAGGGGUAAGGGCCGUGAGUGUGUCCUCUUCAGCAUCAGAUGCAGCAGCCAGGUGAUACACACUGUGUACAAACCCCUGCUGCUGCUGCUGCAGCACAGGGAGGGACAUGUUUAUUGAUGGAUCUGGCAGCCUCUGAGUAAACAAUAUCGCUGAGAGAAACAAAUACCAACGUACAGAAAGCUCUCAGAGCAGAGAACAGAUGAACAAACAAGCAGGCGGAUUACGGACAGUUGGGUUUCCCUCUCUUGGAUGUUUUCAUAUAGACCAGCGAGGCGAAACCAACGUUUUAUUGGACCAUCAUGGUUUUUGUUUUCUAUUUAUUGCAUCUGAUAUAUUGCCUAUACAAUGUCUGUUUAGGUAAGCAUCGUCUAAUAAACAGUGCAGAGAGGAGUUGUUUUGAAUGACAGUGAUGAAUGAAUAUUUUGCAUAACAUCUCUCCUCGCCUUCUUGAAUUACUCCAGUUGUAUCCCUAAAAGGGAAGGAAAUACAUUCAUCUCUUAGUCGACAUAUACGAGAACAUGUGGCCAUUCAUGGUGAAGAAGUGAGAGAGCAUGUUGCCUUUACCUCGUCAUCACCGCUGCUCUUGAGCAAGGCCCUUGAGCCCCCGCAGCCAGUGGAGCUGUCAGUGGCCAGCGUUCACGCCGGCUCAGUGAUUGUAUUCUGGUCACAUAAAGGUUGCUUGUUAAUCUUUAAUGUUUGGGAUGAAGAUUAACUCCUGAUCUUUCAGCUCUCUGGCGCAGAUGACAACAGUAAAAGUCGCUGAUGUGAUCACUUGAAAUCCCAUCAUGUUUGGGAGCUUAUUGUGACCUUUAAAGGAAUCAUUGUCGAUUACCAAAAUUGAAUUUUAAAAGUACAGCAGUUAGAAAUGUGUUAAGCUUUACUUUCAGAAGGAAAACAUUGUAAAUAUAUUUCCUAGCUCAUAUCCAUGGCUGUUAGAUAUACAUGGCUGAGCAUUUUUUAUAACCUAUAGGGGUGUUUCACAGGUAUUUAAUUGGGUUGUUCCAAUAUAUUUUGUCUCUCCAUAUUUCAAUUUCACACCUUUUUACACAAUAAAUACAUAGAUAAAAGAUGCACUUCUAUCCCACCAGACCCUGGCAGUAAGAUGUUUUUGAAACAGCAUGUAUACCUUUAUAAUAAUCGAAUAUAUUGAAAGAAAAUCUGAAACAGAUCCGUUAAAUAUAAAAUAUACUUUUACUAUUACAUUAAACAUGAGCAGGGCGUUGCCCCCGAACGUUUCCUGCAGGCUGUCUCACUUAUUUGUGUUAUUCACAGACUUUUCUCAGAUAAAAAAUAAAAGAAGCGAUGAAGAGAUCAACCACAGAGACUGGACUUUGUUUUCAAAUCACUUCACUUCCUUGAGAAAGUUGCAACGAGCGCAUCUGUGUGUGAGAGGACUGCUGAUUGGAGGAUGUGUGUCUAUGGUAUAUGAAUGUAAGUCGCUUUAAAUAAACGCGUCAGCUAAAUGGAGUGAACACACCGGAGGCUCUCCCCUCGCUCUCCCCUCGCCGCUCCCACCUCAAGUGACAGAGUGACGCUCAGAGAAGCUCCGAGCUGUGAUGCUGGCAGCGCGCGGAACUGCCCAGCCUGCUGCUUCUCCUCCUCCUACUCCUCCUACUCCUCCUCCUCAUCCUCCUCUACAGGGAGUGCGGCGCACAGUUGGAGAUCAAGUGAGAAGGAGACUAUCCGAAGGGAGGCGGGAGGGUGCGGGGGGGACACGGGUAUGUGACAGGCUUUGGACGUUUCCAGGCACACAAGUCGGGCGGGGAAUUGAAUUGCAUCGCGAAUCUCCGUCGGAAGCGACGUUAUUACAAGGAAAAAGUGGCGUUUUGAAGCACACUGCGCGCCUUGUCCGUCGCCUGUGGAUCGUCACAGCACCAUGCGAGCAGGUGAGACGCGCCCUGUGCCAUGCUGAACGACUCUCCGACUCUCCUGCUGGCUCUCACCGCGGUGGCCGGGCUUCUCCAGCGAUGUCAAGGCUGGAGCGACGAGGACCUCCUCAUGCCGCCCAUCAACUCCUCCAACGGGUUCCUGGCCAACCUGGAGUUGGACGUGCGCUUCUCCAAGCGGUCCGCGGAGGAGAGGGAAGCCGAAGCCGAAGCCGAAGCCUUGCCCGACGGCUCCCCGCUGCAGACUCUGUCCCAGUGCAACGUGAGCGUCCAGAGGCUGCUGCCCACCUCGCUGGUGGCCCGCUGGGACAGCAGCUUCGGCUUCCAGUGUGACGUGCUCAUCUACACCACCAACAACCACGGGAGGGCUUUUUUCUCCGCGUCUUUAAACAGGGCGAUCUCCCCUGUCGUCAUCGAGCACCUCGGGGUCAACGGGGGUCAGCAGGAGCUGCGGCUGUGCGUGGGCUGCGGGAUGUCCCGGUACCGGAGGUUUGGUCAGGGCAGGUCGAGGGGCCAGCAGGCCGGGGAUCAGGUCACUUUCUGCUGCAUGGAUUUCAGCCUCGACGAGCUGAAGGGGGACAAAAGUUGGAGGUUGAACAGAAAGCCCAUCGAGUCAACACUUGUGGCUUGUUUCAUGACUUUGGUCAUCAUUGUGUGGAGUGUUGCUGCUCUCAUAUGGCCAGUCCCGAUCAUUGCAGGAUUUCUGCCCAAUGGGAUGGAGCAAAGGAGAACGCGAUAAUUGAAAUAAUCUUUAUUAUAAUUAGCCUGUGCUGCCUAUACUAUAAUUGUAGCCAUUCAACUGUUCACCUGAAUGAAUGAUUGAGGAGCUUUGGAGACACUUUGACCCAAUGUUUUAGUUUUGGGUCCUCUUUAAUCCUUAUUAGAGCUCCUCAUCAUUAGGACAACCAAGGUAAAGUAUAUGGAUUAUACUAGCCAAUAGUAAUCUGGGACCAACACCAAUGUGUUUUGUAUACCCGUGUAGGCCUUCCUAUAGAUUAUGUCAGUGUAAACUGUGCACACUUUUCUCUUUAAACAGUGUUUGUAUAGUUUUUAAUCUUUCUAGAAAGUUGUUGCCUUAUCCCAUGUGUUGGAUUUUUGCCACUGAAAACUGAACUUUAAAGUGUGCUGUCACAUAUAUUACCUAUCGUCUUGUUCAAAGUCAAUGUAAUACUUUUUUCCCAAUACGUUCUGAAAAAAUAGAUGUUGUUUCUGAUUGACAUAGAGAGGGCUUCAAUAAUUAUAUUGUUAUAUUUAUAAUGUCAAGCUCUAUAGGCGUGCUUAUUUGUAUUCAUGUUCCAGCAGUUUCAAUGAAAAUAAAAAUGACUAUAGGCCAUA